AUGGCGUCAACUAGCGCUGAGCUUCCCGAGAGCCGGGACCUAGGAGAGUGGCACAGGCUAGAGGAUGGCGAUGAUAACGAGCGACAGGGAUUGACCGGACAGGGGCGUUGGAAGGGGAAAAGCAAGGAGCUUGACUACUCGGACCCUGGUUUGACUAGUAUAGACGAAGAACGAGCUCAGGUCAGUGGGGCUUCAGAGUCGUAUCCCCCGCUAUCGGAGGAUGCGGCGGAGGAGCGUGCAGUUAUGGAAAAUCUCAAACGGUGGGAAAACGCUGAAAGGCUGCGUCGAAAAGCUGCUCGCGAUUCCAAGACAUAUUCUACGUCGUCUGCACCCAGUCCAUUGACCGAACUCACCCGACGAGCAAGUCAAGUUUUGUUCCGCAGGUCAGCAGAAUCUGCUCGAGGGAGCGUUACCAUAUUACGCACAGACAGCCCGACAGCACUUGACGAUCUCGAACAACAACGGGGCUCUGCCCAGCUCGCCCGCACAGACACUGACAACACUACGAGGAAUCCUUUCCGAGACUCAGCUGGGGUCACCUCCAAAGUGGCUCUCGUGAGUCCAGCUACAGCUGACCCUUUCAAACCCAAUGGUUCACCAAAAGAACGUCCGCGAUCCGACUCGACGUCAACCAUCACUGGGGGGAUCACUCCUGUACAACCUAUUCCGAAAAGGCCCACGUUGGAGACGUUUGAUUCUUCAUUUCUCGGGUCCCAGAACCGGGGACAUGCACCAACGCCUGCGCCGAUUGACCUGCCUACUACACCUGCGCCCCAGCACGCAUACGAAGGGGGCGGGGCUGUGCCUGCGAGAAUGUCCGGCCCGGAGGGUAUGAGAAUUCGGAGGACAGCGACACAUGUGCAAGAAGAAGAGGAAGAUUUGGAGCGGGAGAAGCGAGACGGUCGGUGGUGGACAGACUGGCUGUGUGGUUUAAAGGAGAGGAGAGACCCGGGAGGCCAGGGCGGUCGCACGAACCCAUUCGAGUGA